CCGCUCCUUCUUUGAUUGCGACAUUUCCGACCGCUCCUGAACGCAUCACAUCCCGGGUGCUGCCCCCUCUCCGUCAGUCGGUUCAGCUCCGUCAGUCGGUGCCGGUCAGUCGGUCAGUCGGUGCAGCAGCUGGUCGGUGCUGCUCGGAGCUCCGCUUCUCUCCGUCAAUCGGUUCAGUUCGUGUCCGCCCUUCGGACGCUUCAGCCCGGCUUCUGAGCAGAGUUUGACCCGCUGAUCAUCCACCAUGGCUCCCCGCUGUUCUUCCCUCCCUGUCCCCCCUCCCCGAGCUCCAUCAUGCCGAUCCUCAAAAACCUCCCAGUGCGCCUGAAAGGCGGUGGUCCGACUCUCGACAACGCUUUGAUCCUGCGCAGGAUGAGCCUCAACAUUAGCCCCCACCAUCACCAUCACAACCCCUUUGAUGACGACGACGGCAUCAAUGGCAACGGCGGCCAUGGCAACCACUGGUCACCCGGCAGCUCACUCCUUGACGGCGACGGGCCGAGGGACCGUAACCCGUUCGAGGACGAGGAGGAUGAGAACGAAGCCAACGAGGGGAAAAAGGGAAGCGGAGGAGGAGGCGGAGGCUCGGUGAAAGGAUCUUUCAGGUUCAAGUCCCCUCUCAAGUCUCUGGGAAAGCUGGGCAAGAACCUGAGACUAUCGGGGAGGAGCAAAGGAAGCGAAACGCCGUCCCCACAGGGGUCGCUGCAAGGGACGCCAUCACCUGGAGAGAAGAAGAAGAGGGGGAGGAGGAGCUCUGAAGGGAGUUUGUUGAGGUUUGCGGGGAAAUAUCGCGACACCCUCGGCUCCCGUAAGGAUUCUUCCAUCAAUGGCGAGCUGAACUGUUCGGAGAGCGAAUGCGACUCCACCAGCCGCCGCCUGUCCUUCAUGAAGAUGGUGGGCCUCGGGAAGCUGAAGAAAGAGUCGGCCGACCAAUCCCAGGGACCCGAGGAGCAGCUGGUGCAGGAGGAGGUGGUGGAGGAGGUCAAACCCAGAGAGCCACUGUCAGUCCUGGAGAUCCUGCAGCUGGUGAAGAAGCGUGACCUCCUCCUGGCCGACUCUCACAUCCUGGAGCUGGAGCGGGAGAGCACGGAGCCGCCGCAGCCCGAGGACGCCGCCAGCCCCAGCGUGAAAGACGGCGGGCGGAGGACGGCGAAGGACGUGGAGCUGCUGUACGAGGAGCUGCAGAAGGAGCUGUGGGCCGUGGUCAGGGAGUCCCUGCGCUGCCCGACGGCGGGGCCCAACCUGGGCCUGGUGGUUCAGGUGCUGCAGCAGGAGGAGCAGGCCGAUACAGACUGGGCUCGAGGUGAGGCGGCGGCCCCCGGCGGCCCCAGGCCUCGCCGCCUGAAGCAGAGGUGGAGGGAGGCGGUGGAGGAGGCGGCGGACGGCUCCCUGCCUCAGAGGGCGGAGUUCACUGCCGGAGAGCUGGACAGGUACCUGGACCGGCUCCGAGCCCGCGUGGUGGAGGACCUGGGCGCCGCCAAGAGGAACGUGGUGUCCAUCUACCCUGACGAGUACCAGCCCUUCCAGGUGUACGUGGAGAGCUACCACCAGGCGGUUGCUAGGCGACUGCAGGCCAUCACUGACAACCAGCUGGAGAUCACUGACAUCUACUCGCUGCUGGACUGGCUGCACAACAUUUACAACAGGGACGUUCUGGGGACGGUGUGUAUCACGAGUCCGUUCAGCCGGGCGCCGCUCUGUCCUCUGCUGCCCUCCGAGACCGUGGACAAGCUGGAGCUGGACUGUCUCAACUCAGUCAGGGCUAAAGUGACCACAGAGCUGAGUCAGGUCCUGGACGAGGAGGAGAAGAGGUGGAUGGAGUCGCUCCACAUCGAGGAGUAUCAGAUCACUCUGGCCAAGACCGUCAUACAGAGGCUGCAGGUGGAUCUGGAGCGCUCGGCCUCCAUCAACAGCAGUUUGGGCUCCAGAGUGGCUCAGUGCAGCCUGAACGGCCUGGCUGACUUCCUGUACAGUUUCCAGCGCAAAGUCGAGAUGUUUCAUGAAGGCAUGCAGAGCGGCAUGUUCGGAGACAACGAGGACGGAUACGUGUCCAAAACCAUCGCACUGGUCAACUGCUGCCCGCCGUUCAGAGGCUUCGUGCAGCGCGUGGCUCAGUGUGACCCGUCCGUCAGCGAGGACUCUCUGGCCGGGCCACAAAGCUCUGGACCACAUCGUGCAGCAGGGAGUCCGAGUCCUGUCCGAGCGCCUGUACCUGCACAUCAGGCCGUUCUUCGAGCGCCUCGUGAAGAGGAAGUGGCUGAGCAACACGGAGCCGUACGAACAGAUCGAAGCUCUGAUCAAAGAAGACUUUAAGAAGUAUCGCAGGAUGGACAGUCCUCCGUACCAGCUGUUGGUGGCAGAGGUCCACCGCCGGGUGGUGAUGGAGUAUCUCCGCUCGGUCAUGCGAGGCAGAAUCAUCUGCACCUCCAUGAAGAUGAGGAAGAGGAUGGCU